AUGGGAAAAGCUUCCAAGGUAUUAGAGGCGCCCUCUGGAAUGGAUGAGGCCCUGCAAACUUCAGAAACCAAUAAUUGGCACCUGGCACACUCUGGGAAGGAAUCCAUCUCUGUCACUCUGCACAGUGCCAGCAACCUACCAGCCACCCAGAAGGGCAAUGUGCCAUGGCCCUAUGUCACUGUUAAAAGCAGCUCAGAUGUUGAAAAGAAAAGGGAAGCCCAGGGGGUGACUCAUGUGUCCUCUGAGCCUACGCACUCUCCAACCUGGGAGGAGAAGGUGACUGUGGAAAUUGAUGCAGAAGAUGCAGGCCAUGAAGCUGUGAUCCUGACUGUGGCCGACAAAAUCACCAAGGAGGUGCUAGUGAGCUACAAGAUUCCUGUGAGGUACCUCCGAUUGUUCCACCACUACCACUUGAGACUGGUGCUGCCGAGGAAGAAGGACCCCUUGGGGACAAGUCUGUACGCUACAGUUGUUCGUAAAGGCAGCCUCAUCCCACGUUAUGUUGGAAUGAAUUACACUGGCUUGGAGGUUUUCCUCCAGGGAAUGAAGAAUCCUCUAGCCAAUUCCCAAGGUCCUAUCGUAGCCAUUGCCAGAGUGGUGAACAACUUUAAUGCAUACAGAAAAGCCAUGAAGAUGCAGCCCUCUGCCUCUCCUGCAGUUGAUCUAACCACCGUCACGUUUCCAGACCCCUCCAUGGUGGCGUUCGAUGUUCUCAGAGUCACCAACCAAGGAUAUCCCCAGGUCAGCCCACCUGGUGGACCCCCAGAGAAACCAACCUGGAACUCCUCCUUCCUCUUCCAAGGCAGGGAUGGGGCCACCCUCUUCUCAGAUGAUAGCAGCCUGGUGAUUGAAUACUAUCCGUACAAAACAAUGUCAGAAACAGAAGCUGAGAGCAAGUCAAAGCCUUUGGGUUACUCCGUGUUGCCCCUAACCAACCGUGUGUAUCGGAGCCUUGUGGCAGAGAGCAACCGGAGUGGGGUUCGUGUGGAUGAUGUUCCAAUCCAGGGCACUAAUCUGAGAACCACAUCUGGUGCUGUUCCAACCGUUCAACUCUGCAUGCAGCUGAUUGGCUCAGAGAGACCAGAUAUAUUUCUCACCCCGUCCAUCACUGACACUCUUCCUAUCCUGGAUCCCAAACUCCUGGGGAAGAUUGGGGCAAUCAGAGAGCUCUGGGCACAAUCUUCCUCUCUUGUACCAUAUGCUUCCGUCAAAGGGGACAAAACAAAGUUAGCACUUCAGCCCCCGGAUGAGCCAGCUUUUAAUCCAUGA